AUGUCGCCCCAUCGCCCGCGCUCGUCGAUGAACUCGGACUUGAACAAGCCACUACCACCAUCACCCUUGAUUUUAGAGAAGAGCAAUCGAAAACCAUGCACCUCCAACCCGAGCCAUACCCACAUCGUCACUCAACUUCGAAUACAAACCCAAAUGAUCACUAUCGCCACGGUUACUCUCGCAGCAUGCCAAGUUCUCCACGAGGCUUCCACCACUCUUCAGCCCUGCACGAUCCUAAUUUCGACCGAACCAAACAACGUACUUCCACGAACAGCGGCCCAAUUCGACGAGCAACUACGACACAACAACCCCUUCGAGAUUGUGUACGACCCUUCCGUCAAGUAA